CUCUCUCUCUCUCUCUCUCUCUCUCUCUCUCUCUCGCGCUCUCUCUCUCUCUCUCUCUCUCUCUCUCUCUCUCUCUCACACACACUCCUCUGUCUCCCGCUGCACUGGUCAGGCUUACAGUAGGUGCUCUCUCCCUCUAUUGAUCUCUUCACCGGACCUCUCUCUCGCUCCCAUCACUCCUAUGCCUCUCUCUGUGGAUGAGGGGAACCGGGACUUGACUCUCCCUCCUUCCUCUCCUCCGCCACCUCCUCCUCCUCUUCUUGCCUAACGCGGAGAUCAUGUUCUAUUUCCAGCUGGUGAUCAUGGCAGGGACGGUUCUCCUGGCGUACUACUUUGAGUACACAGACACGUUCCCCGUGCACAUCCAGGGCUUCUUCUGCUACGACAAGACGUUCUCCAAGCCCUACCCCGGCCCGGAUGACACCAGCAAGAUACCCCCACUGCUGGUCUACUCACUGGUUACAGGCAUCCCCUGCUUCACGUUACUGUCUUGUCUCAUCGCUGCAAUUCCCGUACGGACUCGGGAGAGGCGAAGGUCGAGAGCCAUGUGUCCUCCGAAAAACAACCCAACCAAGCCACACUGCUUCUUGACACAAUGCACAUCCAACCUGGAAGCCGCAACAAUGUGUCGGAGGAAACACGGUACACCUGGAGACCUGGUCAGUGUGCACUGCAACAGGCAUGACACAGGAGUCGCUAGUGCGCAAUGAGACAAGGAUAUCCCUGCCGGACAAACCCUCCCCAACCCAGACGACGCUGUGCCAAUUGUGUGCCGCCCCAUGAGCCUCCCGUUCGCGGCCGACUGCGACAGAGCCUGGGCUCAAACCUAGAAUCUCUGGUGGCACAGCUAGCAGUGCCUUAGGCCACUGCGCCACCUGGGAGGCUCAACUUCAUAAUUCUAUGCACUAUGAAUUUUUCUAGAAUCUUUACAUCACAACACUGAA